UUGUUGUUUACAUAGCCUCUUUGUACAAGUGUUUGUACGAGUAGGGAAACCCCCCAGCUAGCUAUAAGCUGCCACAUGUGCUGUAUAAUUAAAAGUUCAUCAAAUUCUCUUGGUCUUGCAUGCUGUUACUUGCACAUAAUCUAUGGAGCCCCAAAAAAAGAAGUUGAAACUAGAAGAACAUACUGACACCGACACAGUGGACAAUCAUCACCUGGCCUUCCACCAGUUCAGAGCAGAGAAGACGAUACUCGUUAAUCCUCAGUCAAAGCUGAUUGCUGUAGUUGGUAAAUUCCCUAGUGAUCCUGACUCUCAGGGAGUGAUAGUUGCUGAGAAACAACCUCUCACUGAAUCAUCACUGAGUAGCAUGUUUUCAUCCGAUACUAAAGUCACCAAAAGCUUCCAAAACGAUGUAUACUCGCAGUACAUAUUGAGCUGUAGCGGUGGUGUUGGUGAGGUUAAAGUCACGUCUGUGUAUCCAGCCACAGAAGCACAUGUAAAGAAGUACUCGGAGCAAUCGAUGGUUAUGGUCCAAGAAACACCUAACGAUUAUCAGACAAUCACUAAACCGUUUAUUGAUAAUAAUCCUCUGAGUGUAGAUUGGGUGUAUAAUAUUCUAGAAGGGAGAUCAGAGGUUGAGCGAGUGGUGUACAACGAUCCCGACCCUGACGUUGGGUUUGUGCUGCUCCCUGACAUGAAGUGGGACCAGGGAAUACUGGAGAACCUCUAUAUGCUCGCUGUGGUGCACAAGAGAGGGAUACUGUCUCUGAGGGAGCUCAAUGCUGAACACCUACCACUGCUCAGGAAUGUACUUCACAAGGGAAAGGAGAUGAUUCGAGAGAAGUAUGGACUACCUGCUGAGGAGCUGCACUGCUAUCUCCAUUAUCAGCCGUCUUACUAUCAUCUGCACAUGCACUUUUCACACCUCAAGUACAACGCCCCGAGGAUCUUCAUAGGGCAGUCACAUUUGUUGGACGAGGUCAUUGACAAUAUACAGCUCGACAGUCAGUACUAUGCUAAGAGGACUAUUAGUUUUAUUGUGAAACGUGAUAGACCAUUAUUUCAGUGCUUUCAAAAACACAGACCAUAACCUAAUUUAUCAUAUAAUUAUAUUUAAAUUGUACGUACCAAUGGCUCCUUCUAUGUAUUAUUGUUUCAUGAGAAUUU